UGAUACAAUAAUUUAGUAAUUUAAAUUUUCCUACCCUACCGAAGGGUCUAGCCAAUCAUAGUUCAUUAUACUAAAUUCCACAGAUAUCUGAACUGGGUACUGCUUUAAUUCACUUAGUGAGUCACUAUACACCGAUAACCUUGUUUGCGUAAAUGUGCGUGUGUUUGUUCAUUUAAGAGGACGCCUGUUUAUGGAAAAAUGGCUACCAGCAAGUGCAUUACAGACAUGUAACAACCGGCUAACUAAUCACGGUUGUAAUUGGUUGCAGAUGAUUGUCCUAAUUAAGCACAUCGAUGAAGUGUAAAGAAUGAAACUGACAUUUUCAUGGUUCUGUUUGAUCUCAAUUUUAACCAAAAUAUUGUAUUUUCAAUACUAAGAAAACUAUAUCAUUGUGUUCAAUUGUUAUUCCAUUAUAAAUAUUAAGGAAAGUAUUCUCAAUUAUUUUCUUAGAAAAUAGUAUAAUUCAAAGAUCAGUUCUUCAAUAUUAUCAAAAAAAAAUAUAUGGUUGUGGUUAUUUUACUUCAUUUGCAUUGUUUGCUCUUCAAUUAGUGAAAGAUAGAACAGAUCUAACUGAAAACUUAUAUAAAAACUCAUAAUUAUGAUGAUGAAAAUUACUUUGGUCCAAGAAUAAGUGAUAUAACUUAUUAAAAUUACAAGUGGUCAAAAUAGAAAACCAUAAGUUAGUUUUAAAUGAAGAUAGACCAUGGUUUCACAAGCAUCUGAUAUUAAUAUCAAUUCUUCUGAUCCUGAUGAUAUUAAAUGUUGUAUCUGUUUAGAAGUAAUUAUUGAUGAUAAAAAUGAUUUUUGGUGCUGUAAACGAUGCAAUAAUUGUCUUCAUUAUGGUUGCAUAUUGAAAUGGCAUUUACAAUCAGGCAAUAUUUUGACUUGUCCCUAUUGUCGUGAUUUAAUUAAUCGUCAUUUCAAUCAUACUUGUCAUGAAGAUGAAAUCUGUGAAUUGAUUGAAACUGAACAAAGCACUAAUACAAUAAAUGAAAUUCAAGAAGACUCAAGAAACAAUGAGACUGAUAGUGAUUAUUUUUAUUGUACGGAUGAUGAUGUUGAUUAUAGUGAAUAUUAUAGAAAAACAUAAUUUUUCUCAUAUUAAACUAUUGGAUAGUUAGUUUA